AUGGAUCUCGACGCAUCUACGAAUGCUUAUCUUCCUGCCUGUUCCCUACCGCCCGAGGUCUUCCUCCGUAUCAUCGGACAUCUUGCCACCGAAGACCCGCCCAAGAUAUCUCUCAAAGACGCCAAAGAUGCCCGGUUCCGCAGAACGGUCGUAUUUGGUUGGUUGGUUGUGACGCAGGUGUGCCGUAAAUGGAGGGAUAGUUGUCGCGGUGCCCAUGAGCUUUGGCCAUUACCUGGCAUUGAGGAUGACGAGCUCCCCCCACAUCAGCUUCCCGAUGCAACUCGCGGGUCGGAUAUAUUAAAGCUCCCCGCCCAUAUAUUGAUUGGCCCAGCUUUCCGUGCUUUGUAUCUUCAAGGCAUAGGAGAUACAGAGGUGGAUCUGGACGAUCUGCUGUACAGCCUAUCCCAGCUUCCUAUCCUCGAGACUCUCGCGAUUCGGAAUUGCGUCUUCAACUCCUCCCUACCUGUCGCCCGCGUUUCGGAGGUUUCCACAACUUUACCAGGCGUGUCGCUUUCACGACUGAAGUCCCUUACGCUAAUGAGGGCUGCUACGAAAGGGUCUGACCUUACGACACAUGAUCUUGCUUCGCGGUUUCUUGAACUCUUGCACUUCUCUAAAACGACGCACAUGGAUAUACUAUUACGGUCGAUAGGCGGAGAUACUGGGUUUGCUAGCGUCCGCGAUACCUUCACUGCGGUCAUGCUACAGAUCUCGCGAAUCUUCGAGUCAGAAUGGCAGAACGGCGUGUCCGUAUUCCUCUACCCCAGCGCGAUGCACAUCACUUUCAACCACAUGCCCCGCCCGCUUUCGUUGAAACUACUUCAACAGCCCAUCGCCUGGCAAGUUCAAGUCAAACUGCCAAUCAAACUAUCAGUCAAUGCGGUGCACCUACAAUACCUGCGAGAAAUUCCCGACAUCAGAGUGAAGUCGUUGUCGGGUUUGGGUGACAAUAGCGGAUUAGUACGAGAAGCGCAUCUCAGAGCAUUCAACGCUCUCUACGGUCGCACUCGCGUGCUCUACCUUCAUGGCCACGGCAAGAAACGUCCACGUCUGCUCGGGCUCCCCAGCUAUCUGGCCCAUACAAUCGACGAUGCCCUACUCUUUCCGAGUCUCGAGGAGCUCUGGGUAGGGUCGCUCGUGAUCCUCGGCGACUUCGACUUCGAACCGCUUUGCGGCGUACUCCGGACACGAGGAGCAGCUCCGGAAAACCGACUGCAUACGAUUCAUGUCGGCAUGGCGAAGCCAGCACUGAACGCGGAGGGCGCCGAAGAGGCCGAGACGCUCGAACCGCUCGUACCGAACGUUGUAUGGCAUGAGCAAUGA